AUGGACGGUUUUGAUGUUUCCCAAGCCCCUCAAGAUUACCAGGCUGUGAAGCCACUUGCAGAUUUGUUUGUCCUCGGUAUGGGACUAGGGUGGGUGAUAAACUACGUUGGAAUGGUCUACACAUCGUUCAAGGAGCGUACUUAUGGCAUGGCCAUUAUGCCUCUCUGUUGCAACAUUGCAUGGGAGAUUGUCUAUUGCGUGGUCCAUCCCUCCAAGAGCCGAAUAGAGCUGGGAGUAUUUGUGAUAGGCCUUCUCAUCAAUUUCGGUGUCAUGUAUGCCGCCAUUGUCUUCUCGUCCCAGGAAUGGAGCCAUGCGCCACUAGUUGAGCGGAAUCUCCCGUGGAUUUUUUGCAUCGGUGUCAUCGGCUUUCUUACUGGGCACCUAGCUCUAGCCGCCGAGAUUGGUCCUUCAUUGGCCUACUCCUGGGGAGCGGUCGUCUGUCAGCUUCUUCUAAGUGUUGGCGGUCUCUGCCAGCUCCUUUGUCGUGGUAGCACCCGCGGGGCUUCUUAUACUCUAUGUCCCCUCGUCUUGUGGAGCCUGGCCGUUUUCUUGCUUGUGGAUGGAUCAUAUGGACUAUGUUACUGGUAUGUCAAGCGGUAUGAACUGAGUGUCCUCAUGAAGCCGGUGAAAAAGGCCAAUUGA